AUGCCUGCAAAGAAAAGAUCCUCCAAGUCUGCUAAUGAUUACUUCCCAAAAAGGCCAGCAUUGGUGCAAUCUUCAGCAGCAUAUCAAGAGCUGGACCUAGAGACUUCAACAUUGCUAGUAUCUAGUAUGGUAGAUUUGACUGGUGGUCCUUCUCCAGGUAAUGACACUGUCCAUGAUGACUCUGGUGACAUGAAUACCAAGCCUGUACUCAACCCAGCUCAUAUCAUUGCACCAAUUCCUUUCCCCACCCCAGCUGUGGAGAUCAGCACCUUUUGUCCCUUUUGGCGCAAGAAGGUGAAGAUGACUUGGCCCAUGGCCAUUGUCAAUCUCAACCUUAAGUCCAUGAAGGAUGACUACCUGACCAGAAUAGUCAUACUUGAUACUGGAAAUCACUUGGGCCUAUACUCACCUUGCUCUAGCAGUGUUGUCAACUAUGUUCUGGCAAUUGAAGGAUCUGGCACCUUGCCAUCCAUGAUAUCCAACACUAGACUGGUGUCUUUGGACAUACCAAUGUUUGGUGCAUCUUGGAAUGCUGUCAAAUUGGCAAGGACAUUGCAGAAGUUCGAGUGUUUGGAUAUGAGUUCAGAUCCUGUCCUACUCCAGGGUGUUAGCCAAUGCUGGUGGACAUGUCUGUUAGGACUGAUGAAAAAAACAAACCAAGAAAGUGACCAAGGUGAUGGUGCCUCAGCUCUUCUGGCACUAUUUCUCCCCUCUAAUGACCUCCAAAACUAUUUUGUCGAGCUCUCCAACAUUGCUAAUACCAGAAAUGUUUCUGCCCAGCAAGCAAAAGCUAGAUUUGAUGUUAUACGUGUUCUACAUGAGAUGGAGGUAGAUGAAGGAGAGGACCAGGCAGACGGGAAUGAGGUGGCUGAAAACAAGGCUGUGGAAGAUCCAGCUCUGGGAGAAGGCCCAUGUAGUACUCUCAUAGAUAUCAUGGUGCAGGCCACUAAUUGCCUUGGUGCAAUCUCUCUCCCAAUGCCAGAGAUGGAUGGAGGGAACUGUUUAUGCCAGAUGCUCGAUUUGCUGAGGAAGAAGGUCCAUCGAACUCCAGGUGGUUUCAAAAUCAAGAUUGAGAACACAUACUUUUUGUUGCAAUGGGAACUGAAUGGGCCGCUUCUAGAGGCUCCUGAGUGACCAAAGAUGAUCAGGAC